AUGACCGGAUCAGUUCCAGUUGUAGACUUGUGUCCAAAUGAAAUGGAGAACAAAGACUACAGACAAAACAUCACAGUUCAAUACUGCUUUCCUGACAACAACUCAUCUUGCAGAAAGGAGCUCCACACUCCCACCAACCUGCUCAUCCUCUCUCUGUCUGUGGCGGACCUUCUCGUGGGACUGUUUGUUAUGCCUGGGAAUAUCAUGCAAUUAAUAGAUUCCUGUUGGUAUCUUGGACAAAUUGCAUGCACUGUUUCUAUAGUGGUCAAUUUUAUUUCAACAUCAGGGUCUCUCUGUAGCCUGGUUCUCAUUGCAGUAGAUCGGUACAUUGCUGUCACUGACCCUCUGCUUUAUUCAAUGAAAUUCACAGUUUGUAAAACUGUAUUGUUAAUAAUAAUAAGCUGGUCUUUUUCUGUAUUGUAUAUUUUCAUCUGUAUGUACUCUAAUGACCAUUUACUUCCAUCUCAAAUAUUCACCACAUGCUAUGGAGAGUGUGUGAUCUAUGUUAAAUAUUCCUGGGUGAUUGUUGACCUGGUCUUUUUUUUUCUAACCCCUUGCUCUGUCAUACUAGUCUUGUAUUUAGUCAUUUUUAAUGUAGCAAGGCAUCAAGCUAAAGCUGUUAGAGCUGUGACAAAUGGUGCUUCACACAAGCAUCGAGCUGAAAUUUCAAAUGUUUCUGAAACCAAAGCAGCAAAGACACUUGGCAUUAUAAUAUGUGUUUAUCUUGCUUGCUAUAUACCUUAUUAUAUAGGUUCUCUGACAGAUAAUAACUUAACAUCAUCAUCAAUGGUGUGGACUGUAGUUGUCUGGCUAAUAUACAUGAACUCCACUGUGAAUCCACUAAUAUAUGCCAUUUUCUAUCCAUGGUUCAGAGCAUCUUCUAGGUAUAUUGUAGCUUGUAGAAUAUUUGUGCACUCAUCUUCAAUGUUUAAUUUGUUUCCAGAGCAUUUUUAA